AUUAAUAACAAAAGGGUAAAGAAUAGAGCGGUAAACCCAAAUUAUCAUUAUUUUGCAAAGUGAGCAGGGGAUGGAGGUGACGAUGGCGGAGCCCGGGGAGAUACUGCCGGAGCGCAACGUCGAUAUGGCGGCGCUCUACGAUAUGUUGCGAAGGGGAAAGUCUUCAGCGGAGGAAAUCGUCGCUAAAAUGUUGGAUAUCAAGAGAGAAGCUCACCCCAAAUCCCAGCUCCGAGAACACGUCACUCAAAUUCUCCUGAAUUUCGUUACCCUUCGCCAGGCCAACAGGUCUAUAUUGAUUGAAGAGGAUCGUGUUAAGGCUGAAACUGAACGUGCGAAAGCACCUGUAGACUUGACAACCUUGCAGCUUCACAACCUGAUGUACGAGAAAAAUCACUAUGUCAAAGCAAUAAAAGCUUGCAAAGACUUCAAGACUAAGUACACUGACAUUGAACUUGUACCUGAGGAAGAAUUCUUCACGGGUGCACCAGAAGAGAUUAAAAGCUCAGUAUUAUCAACUGACACUGCACAUGAUUUGAUGAUGAAAAGGCUCAACUAUGAGCUCUUCCAGCGCAAAGAACUCUGCAAGCUUCGUGAGAAAUUGGAAGUACAAAAGAAAUCCCUCCAGGGGACAAUAACUAACAGGAAGAAGUUUUUAUCGAGUCUUCCUUCACAUCUGAAAGCUCUCAGAAAGGCAUCCUUGCCCGUGCAGAAUCAGUUGGGGGUUCUGCACACCAAGAAACUAAAGCAGCACCAAUUAGCAGAGUUGCUUGCACCUCCUCUAUAUGUAAUAUACUCACAGUUACUUGCUCAAAAGGAAGCCUUUGGCGAGAACAUUGAACUGGAGAUCACAGGAAGCAUAAAGGACGCACAGGUGUUUGCCCGUCAGCUAGCUAACAAGGACAAUGUUACAUCAACAAACUCCGAGAACUCCAAGUUAGACGAUGAUGUGCCAGAUGAGGAAGAUGAUGGUCAAAGGAGGAGAAAACGACCAAAGAAGGUUCCAAGCAAGGAGAACAUCGACCAGUCUGGAAUAUAUCAAAGUCACCCGCUUAAAGUUAUCCUGCACAUAGAUGAUGACGAGGCUUCAGACUUGAACACAUCAAAACUUAUCACCUUGAAGUUCGAGUUCUUAAUAAAGUUGAAUGUUGCGUGUGUAGGAGUGGAGGGUUCUGAAGAACUUCCCGAAAGUAAUAUCUUGUGCAACUUGUUCCCUGAUGACACUGGGUUGGAGCUCCCUCAGCAGUCAGCCAAGCUCUGCGUUGGGAAUUCUCUUUCAUUUGAUGAAAGGAGAACUUCACGGCCAUAUAAAUGGGCUCAGCAUUUGGCGGGCAUUGAUUUUUUGCCGGAGGUGUCACCACUGGUUUCAGUCUCUGGAGAAUCAAAUAGUGAAACUACGAAACAUGCUUCUAUCUUAUCGGGUCUGUCAAUUUAUCGUCAGCAAAACAGGGUGCAGACAGUCAUUCAAAGAGUUCGUGCUCGAAGAAAGGCUCAGCUGGCUCUUGCGGAGUUAAUUGACUCACUAAGGAACCUUAAAUGGCCAACUGUGACUUGUGAGAGUGUUCCAUGGACCUCACACGCGCCUAGAUCCAAGUUGCAUGGAUGGUUAUACAUGAGUUCUGCGCUUAAUAGUACUGCACAUUUGCCUGUUGCUGAAUUAGAACGAGGUCAGGCCUCUGCAAAUUCCGACACAGAUAGAAAAAUUGGGGUGUCGAAAGAAGAGAUGGAGACUACAAAAGAGGAUGGGGAGCUACCAUCUUUGAUUUCAGCUGCUACUGGUGUAAACGAUGUUAAACUCACCUCUACACAAGGAUCUGAACUCGAGCAUACUCCCAGAAGAACAAGUUUGAUAUCGAAGAGUAUUAUAUCUCCCAUUACCAAGGGAAAGUCGCCGAGCUUUAGAAGGCAGGAAGAUGAUAUUGAUCUCAUGUUCGAAUCUGAAAGUGAAAUAGAUGAGCCAGUCACAGUGGGGGAGACAUCUGAUAACACAUCACCAUUCGGAGGACUAGCAGUGAUUGACAAUUCAUGGUCCGACUGUGGGACCCAAGAAUAUUGCCUUGUACUUAUCCGGAAGUUGGAUAAUGAUGAAAGAAACAUGAAACUCGAAGCGAAGAUCAAGAUAAGUAUGGAAUAUCCUCUGAGGCCGCCGCAUUUUUCACUGAGUCUAUACAGUUCCUUGAAAGGGGAGGAUUAUUCGGAGGCAGCAUGUUCUGAGUUUUUGAAUGAACUCUGUGCAAUGGAGGCAGAGGUCAAUGUUCACCUUAUAAGGAUGCUACCUUUGAAUCAAGAAAGGGCAGUUCUAGGUCACCAAGUGCUUUGCCUUGCAAUGCUUUUCGAUUUCUUCUUGGAUGAUGGUGACCUGUGUUCUGAGAGGAGGUCUAAUUCAGUGAUCGAUAUUGGUUUGUGCAAGCCCGUAAGUGGCGGGCUUGUCAGUCGAUCCUUUAGAGGUAGGGACCGCAGGAAAAUGAUUUCGUGGAAGGAGAAUAUUUGCACCUCUGGCUAUCCUUACUAGAACUUAAAUGCUGAGUUGGAAAUGAGUCGCUUUUCUACUGCCUUGCUAUUCUCCUUCAUGUUUGGUAAGAUUUCUGCAUAUUUCGGUUGAUGAGAAAUCUGCUUUCCUAAUUGUGCUUGGGCCUACAAAUUAUUUUGCCCUGUUCAUGUACACAACUUUUUGUAAUGCUGGAUGAUUUCAAGAAUUGAAAAUUGGAUGCUUUACGAGCCCGAUAUAGCAGGUCUUGCCCUUGAAAAAAGGCUGGUGUUGGUUUGUAGUUUGGAGCAAGUAUGAACUGUUUGAAAUUAUCUGGAGAUGCACGCCCUAGGUAUAUUAUCAAUCUUUAGAUUGUAUUACAUAGUCAACAUGCCAUAUCUCAAUGUUCUUCUAUUUAUCCCAACUUAUUUAGAAUG